AUGGCUAUGCUUGAUUAUGGAUGUCGAAUCAGAGAUCCUUGUGGUAAAAAUGCACAUCAUUUGCAAUGCGGUUCCGCAUGUCCAAAGACGUGUGAAAACCCAACUGGAGGAAUAUGCAGCAGAGAAUGUGUACCGGGCUGCUUCUGCAAAGAUGGCUUCCUCAGAAACUCAGAAGGCGAGUGUGUUCGGGAAAACGAGUGCUACAAUCCAUGUGGCAACAAUGAAAAGUACACGACGUGCGGUAGCAUGUGUCCAAAAACCUGCGAUAAACCGACCGGUGGACCAUGCACUAGAGAGUGUGUGCCAGGAUGCUUCUGCAAGGAUGGAUUUGUUCGAAACAAAGAUGGUUACUGUGUGAAACCGAACGAAUGCAAAGUCUUCCUAAAACAGCAUCGUUUAUGUUUAGCGAGUCAUGGACCUGCCGCAAGUCCCAAAUGUGGAAGAAACGAAAAGUUUACAACCUGUGGAAGUAUGUGUCCAAAAACCUGCGAAUCAAUCAAACGUCCGCAGGCGCGGCCGUGUGCGGCUGGAUGCCUUGCCGGUUGCGUCUGUAAGGAAGGCUACGUGCGCAAGAAAAAUGGAAGAUGCGUAAAGCCGCGAAACUGCUGA